AAAAAUCUCAAUGAUUUUUCCCAACCCACGUUACCAAAGCAUGUGAAUUCUCUCUCUCUCUCUCUCUCACACUCACUCAGGCUGCCAUUUUCGUAUAUAAACUCACCUGAGCCAAUGCUAAAAGCUUCACAUUCAUAGCUCAAUCAGAGUCAUUCGCAAGCAUUUUGGGAGCCCAAAAAAAAACAAGAAAUGGGUUUUGGGGCCAGACUGGUUUUAGCUCUGCUUCUUCUUCUUCUUCAAGCUUCUUGGUUGCAAGCAAAGGCUGCGGGAACCAACAAACGAAGCAUGUUGAAAGGACGAAAACAAGCAAGUAAUUGUAAUUUGUUUCAAGGAAGAUGGGUUAUAGACCCCUCUUUCCCUCUUUACAAUUCUUCUGCCUGCCCUUUCAUCGACCGCGAGUUUGACUGCCAAAAAUAUGGCCGACCCGAUUCCCUUUACCUCAAAUACUCUUGGCGACCCGACUCAUGUAAUCUUCCAAGAUUUGAUGGGGUGGAUCUUCUGAAGAGAUGGAGUGGGAAAAAGAUAAUGUUUGUGGGGGACUCACUGAGUUUGAAUAUGUGGGAAUCGCUUUCGUGUAUGCUACAAGCGUCGGUGCCUAAUGCCAAAACCAGCUUCGUCAGAAGGGACUCUAUCUCCUCUGUCUUCUUUCAGGAUUAUGGGGUAACAUUGCUCCUAUAUCGGACACCGUAUCUUGUGGACAUAGUGAGAGAGGACGUUGGUCGAGUCCUAAAACUAGACUCCAUCGGCUGGAAGACACGGUAUCAAGACAUGGACCGCUUGGUAGCGUUUUACAAGGGAUUGACCACAUGGGCCAGAUGGGUUGACCUCAAUGUCGAUCCUACCAACAAGGUCUUCUUCCAAGGAAUCUCGCCAACCCAUUAUAUGGGGAAGGAAUGGAAUCAACCAAAAAAGAAUUGCAAUGGAGAGAGUGAGCCAUUAACCGGAUCAAUGUAUCCAGCAGGAGCACCACCAGCUGUAGAUGUUGUAAAUAGAGUAUUGAGUAGGAUAAAAGUACCUGUCUACUUGUUGGACAUCACCACGCUCUCUCAGCUAAGGAAAGACGCCCAUCCCUCUGGUUAUAGCGGCGAGCAUGCCGGCACAGAUUGCAGUCACUGGUGCCUUCCUGGGUUGCCAGAUACAUGGAACCAGCUCAUGUACGCUGCCCUCUUGACCAUGUGAAAUUUCAAACAAACUUAAUAUGAGAUCUCUGACAAAAUUUCAGAGACAACUCUCUUCUUUUUCUACGACAGAAAAUAAGGAACAGGUAACAAGUAUAAUAUUCAUUGGAUGGUACAGAGAAUAGGAGCAACAAAAUGGAUAGAAUUGAAUUUUACGGGACUAGGAAUGAACUUCUGGUUUAUUCAUUCAACAGACUUGUACCCAUUUAGCUUUACACUUUGAUUUGAUGGAUAGUUAUGUAAUCUUUCCACAAUGAAGCGAAUUGUCAAAUGAAUUGGUUUACUUGGAUUGACAAGAUAUUGGAUUAUAUUAUAUUCAGCA